UACCUAUCUACCUAUCCCCUACCUAUCUAUCCCCUAUCUAUCUAUCUAUCUAUCUAUCUCUAUCUAUCUAUCUAUCUAUCUAUCUAUCUAUCUAUCUAUCUAUCUAUCUAUCUAUCUACCUACCCCUCUACCUAUCUACCUACCCCCCUCCCCCCUGCCCCCCCCCUCCCUGCCCUCCUCCCCUCCCGCCCCCGGCCGGUGUACCAACUCCCGCUUCCCAUACCCUUCCCAAGGCCUUUUUCUUCCCUCUCCUCCCCCCCCAGCCCUCCCAGAACCAAGCCGCGAUUUUAUUCUUUUUUUUUUUUUUUAUGCUAAUCAGGCGGGAUUCGAACCCGUCACCUCUUUGUUUGCCAGUUAAUUACCAAUUCAAUGCUUAUGCCAAUUGCGCUAUCCCGGCUCGGUUACAAAUUCAAUGGUUUUUUUUGUAUGUUAUUCAUAUGCAAAUCAAAUUCUUGCCCCUGAUUGGCUGUUGAAAAUAAUGACAUCAUGAACCUUCGGCCCAGAGGUCCCUGAGGUCCCACAGGUCCAAGAACCAAAACAAACCAAAGUUUACCAAACAUAAUGGAAACUGUAGCCUUGUCGGCUUUGCAGCUUCUUUUUAAUCAGGAUUCUUGUAUCUUUCUGACCACUAGUACAUUUAAAAAAGCACUUUUUCCGACGGCUUUCACGUUUUUCCGACGGGCAAUUUUGAUUUUAGCUGUAAGUUUUGUAUAAUAUUGAAAUACUUGAAAUGUCCGUCGGUGCGUUUGCUUUCAGUCGGUGAUCACAAGAAACAGUUUUUGUACGGUUAAAAGUGAUCAACAUCAAUUUACAUUCUCGCUAUAUAUCCCACCAGUGAACGGUAUCAAUCAUAAAAGGCUGAAAAUAGAGGAAACUGCUCAGCAACGAAAAACGUUGGGACUUCUAAUCAAAUUCUCCUCGUUAGCGCCAGAUGAACGGUAAAGGAAUGAGUAUGGAGAAUGUGCAUGUUAAUCUCACGCCAUUUACAAGUGUUCCUGCAACAAGCAAAAGUGAUCUUAUAAAUGGAAAACGCGAAGGUUAUGUCACUUUUAAUAACAACAACACCAAAAGCUUUAUUUGCGUGACCAUAAAGGAAUUACAGUAUUGCAAAAGCUAUUAGUCUAAAAUUAAGUACUAAUUCAACUAAUUAGUACGUGCAAAACAUUACAAAACGUUACAGUUCUCAUUCAUUCAUUCAUUCAUUCAUUGAUAUUAAUUUGGUUCUUAAUUCAAAGCAUUGCGAGAUAGAUGAAACUAAUUGACAGUUAAUUAAAUAAUCAGAAGAAUUCAUAAGAAGAGAUAUUAAAGUAUCGUGUGAAAGUGAUUUGAAGUCAGGUAUUUUAGUUUCUAGUUUGGAGAAAAAUAUGUCUCUGAUCUGAGAAUAAGCCUUACAAUCUAGUAAGAAAUGAUUUUCAUCUUCGAUUUUGUUACUUGUACAAAAGUGACAUAUCCUUUCAUUGCGAGGAAUGUUUUCGUAUCUACCUGUUUCAAUUCUAAGUAGAUGACUACUUAUUGUAAAUCUAACUAAUGCUUUUCUCGAAGGGUUUUUUUCUUGUUAAAGCUAGGUACGGCGAGGGGCUAUAGUCGUCUUUGAUUGUACAAUAAAAACUGCGUUUUUGUGAUUGUUUGCUGUUGGGUCUGAUUCCAGUAAGAGACGUAUUUAAUAGAUUUGGAGCCAGCAAUGUGACCCUUCGACAACAAGAAAAAGCGUUCUUCUCUAACUAGGCAACUACAGUACCCUAGUCUGAAUCUGGUACCCUUAUAACUGCAAUAGGAAAUCUGCAAGUAGCACGGUAAAUCAUACUAAACUGCUACCGAUGCGACCGAAAACUUGUGAUAGAAUCGUGAAAUCAGCCUGAAGGAUCAAAACAAGGUGAUAUCCUUCGUGUCCUAAGGCAGCUAAAAGACUUUUUUCCAGAAUGAAAUAUACUUACAUCCUCUUACUUGAGACAUCACAAGAGUCCCAGGGACAUUUCCAGGAGAUCUCCAUCAGUUUCCAACUUGACCCAAAAGUCACUUGACAAGAUGAACCAAACAAACAUUGUUUGCCCGGCCUAUUGACGAUUAGUAAUUCCAUCAGGUCGUGUUUCUUUCGCAGGCAAGGUUACGUAAUUCAAGCUAUUUCCAAUCCAGUCUUAAAAUCAGGCUGUUAAAUGUCCCCAAGGUCAAUGACCAAUAAAGAAAAUUCUCCAACUUCAGACGAAGAGCCGUUUGGAACUUCAUGGUCUGUUUAUCCACUGCAUUAAAGAAAAGGAACGUACUAUAAGUAGACUAACUCGCGAAGUUGAAUGUGGGAAAAAGUGUGGAGAAGUUGAUCCUAAGUAAUGACAAAUGUUUAAUCAUAAAUUUCGCUUGUUUCUUCGCACACGUCCUUUUUUUUCCCGCUUUUUUCUUACGUGAAUGCAUCCUUUUCUAAAAGUGCUUAUUUUGAGUCAAGAAUUUUAUAAAAGUAAGAAGAAAAAAAAUUGUGCUGAGCAGCAAAACCCUCCCCGGGUCUAGCCUGCGAGCAAGGUCUCUCACUGCCCCACCCCACCCAACCCUCCCCCCAAUCCCGGCAGCAAGAGACCUUGCUCGCAGGCUAGACCCCCCCCCCCUCCCUUCCCCUUCCCCCCCCCCCCCCCUCCCCCCCCCCCCCCUCCCCCCCCCCCCCCCCCCCCCUAUCUACUCCCUCUACCUAUCUAGCUAUCUAUCUAUCUAUCUAUCUAUCUAUCUAUCUAUCUAUCUAGCUAUCUAUCUAUCUAUCCAUCUAUCUAUCUAUCUAUCUAUCUACCUUAUCUUUCCUAUCCUACCUAUCUACCUAUCCCCCCCCCCCCUGCCCCCCCUCCCUGCCCUCCUCCUCCCGGCCCCGCCCCCGGGCCGGUGUACCAACUCCCUUCCCAUACCCUUCCCAAGGCCUUUUUUUCCCUCUCCUCUCCCCCCCCAGCCCUCCCAGAACCAAGCCGCGAUUUUAUUCUUUUUUUUUUUUUUUUAUGCUAAUCAGGCGGGAUUCGAACCCGUCACCUCUUUGUUUGCCAGUUAAUUACCAAUUCAAUGCUUAUGCCAAUUGCGCUAUCCCGGCUCGGUUACAAAUUCAAUGGUUUUUUUUUUAUGUUAUUCAUAUGCAAAUCAAAUUCUUGCCCCUGAUUGGCUGUUGAAAAUAAUGACAUCAUGAACCUUCGGCCCAGAGGUCCCUGAGGUCCCACAGGUCCAAGAACCAAAACAAACCAAAGUUUACCAAACAUAAUGGAAACUGUAGCCUUGUCGGCUUUGCGAAAGCUUCUUUUUAAUCAGGAUUCUUGUAUCUUUCUGACCACUAGUACAUUUAAAAAAAGCACUUAGCGCUUUCACGUUUUUCCGACGGGCAAUUUUGAUUUUAGCUGUAAGUUUUGUAUUGAAAUAUUGAAAUACUUUGAAAUGUCCGUCGGUGCGUUUGCUUUCAGUCGGUGAUCACAAGAAACAGUUUUUGUACGGUUAAAAAACAGUGAUCAACAUCAAUUUACAUUCUCGCUAUAUAUCCCACCAGUGAACGGUAUCAAUCAUAAAAGGCUGAAAAUAGAGGAAACUGCUCAGCAACGAAAAACGUUGGGACUUCUAAUCAAAUUCUCCUCGUUAGCGCCAGAUGAACGGUAAAGGAAUGAGUAUGGAGAAUGUGCAUGUUAAUCUCACGCCAUUUACAAGUGUUCCUGCAACAAGCAAAAGUGAUCUUAUAAAUGGAAAACGCGAAGGUUAUGUCACUUUUAAUAACAACAACACCAAAAGCUUUAUUUGCGUGACCAUAAAGGAAUUACAGUAUUGCAAAAGCUAUUAGUCUAAAAUUAAGUACUAAUUCAACUAAUUAGUACGUGCAAAACAUUACAAAAAACGUUACAGUUCUCAUUCAUUCAUUCAUUCAUUCAUUGAUAUUAAUUUGGUUCUUAAUUCAAAGCAUUGCGAGAUAGAUGAAACUAAUUGACAGUUAAUUAAAUAAUCAGAAGAAUUCAUAAGAAGAGAUAUUAAAGUAUCGUGUGAAAGUGAUUUGAAGUCAGGUAUUUUAGUUUCUAGUUUGGAGAAAAAUAUGUCUCUGAUCUGAGAAUAAGCCUUACAAUCUAGUAAGAAAUGAUUUUCAUCUUCGAUUUUGUUACUUGUACAAAAGUGACAUAUCCUUUCAUUGCGAGGAAUGUUUUCGUAUCUACCUGUUUCAAUUCUAAGUUGAUGACUACUUAUUCUAAAUCUAACUAAUGCUUUUCUCGAAGGGUUUUUUCUUGUUAAAGCUAGGUACGGCGAGGGGCUAUAGUCGUCUUUGAUUGUACAAUAAAAAAACUGCGUUUUUUGUGAUUGUUGAAGGGUCUGAUUCCAGUAAGAGACGUAUUUAAUAGAUUUGGAGCCAGCAAUGUGACCCUUCGACAACAAGAAAAAGCGUUCUUCUCUAACUAGGCAACUACAGUACCCUAGUCUGAAUCUGGUACCCUUAUAACUGCAAUAGGAAAUCUGCAAGUAGCACGGUAAAUCAUACUAAACUGCUACCGAUGCGACCGAAAACUUGUGAUAGAAUCGUGAAAUCAGCCUGAAGGAUCAAAACAAGGUGAUAUCCUUGGUGUCCUAAGGCAGCUAAAAGACUUUUUUCCAGAAUGAAAUAUACUUACAUCCUCUUACUUGAGACAUCACAAGAGUCCCAGGGACAUUUCCAGGAGAUCUCCAUCAGUUUCCAACUUGACCCAAAAGUCACUUGACAAGAUGAACCAAACAAACAUUGUUUGCCCGGCCUAUUGACGAUUAGUAAUUCCAUCAGGUCGUGUUUCUUUCGCAGGCAAGGUUACGUAAUUCAAGCUAUUUCCAAUCCAGUCUUAAAAUCAGGCUGUUAAAUGUCCCCAAGGUCAAUGACCAAUAAAGAAAAUUCUCCAACUUCAGACCAAGAGCAGUUUGGAACUUCAUGGUCUGUUUAUCCACUGCAUUAAAGAAAAGGAACGUACUAUAAGUAGACUAACUCGCGAAGCUGAAUGUGGGAAAAAGUGUGGAGAAGUUGAUCCUAAGUAAUGACAAAUGUUUAAUCAUAAAUUUCGCUUGUUUCUUCGCACACGUCCUUUUUUCCCCGUUUUUUUCUUACGUGAAUGCAUCCUUUUCUAAAAGUGCUUAUUUUGAGUCAAGAAUUUUAUAAAAGUAAGAAGAAAAAAAAUUGUGCUGAGCAGCAAAACCCUCCCCGGGUCUAGCCUGCGAGCAAGGUCUCUCACUGCCCCACCCCACCCAACCCUCCCCCCAAUCCCGGCAGCAAGAGACCUUGCUCGCAGGCUAGACCCCCCUCCCUUUCCCCUUCCCUUUCCCCUUCCCUUCCCCCCCCCCCCCCCCUCCCUCUACCUAUCCCCUCUCCCCCUCCCCCCCCCCCUCUACCUAUCUACCUCUACCUAUCUACCUAUCUAUCUAUCUAUCUAUCUAUCUAUCUAUCUAUCUAUCUAUCUAUCUAUCUAUCUAUCUAUCUAUCUAUCUAUCUAUCUAUCUAUCUAUCUAUCCCUACCCCUCUACCUAUCUACCUACCCCCCCCCGCCUGCCCCCCCCCCCCCUGCCCUCCCUGCCCCGCCCCCGGGCCGGUGUACCAAACUCCCGCUUCCCAUACCCUUCCCAAGGCCUUUUUUCUUCCCUCUCUCCUCGCCCCAAGCCCUCCCAGAACCAAGCCGCGAUUUUAUUCUUUUUUUUUUUUUUUUUUAUGCUAAUCAGGCGGGAUUCGAACCCGUCACCUCUUUGUUUGCCAGUUAAUUACCAAUUCAAUGCUUAUGCCAAUUGCGCUAUCCCGGCUCGGUUACAAAUUCAAUGGUUUUUUUAUGUUAUUCAUAUGCAAAUCAAAUUCUUGCCCCUGAUUGGCUGUUGAAAAUAAUGACAUCAUGAACCUUCGGCCCAGAGGUCCCUGAGGUCCCACAGGUCCAAGAACCAAAACAAACCAAAGUUUACCAAACAUAAUGGAAACUGUAGCCUUGUCGGCUUUGCGAAAGCUUCUUUUUAAUCAGGAUUCUUGUAUCUUUCUGACCACUAGUACAUUUAAAAAAGCACUUAGCGCUUUGACGUUUUUCCGACGGGCAAUUUUGAUUUUAGCUGUAAGUUUUGUAUAAUAUUGAAAUACUUGAAAUGUCCGUCGGUGCGUUUGCUUUCAGUCGGUGAUCACAAGAAACAGUUUUUGUACGGUUAAAAGUGAUCAACAUCAAUUUACAUUCUCGCUAUAUAUCCCACCAGUGAACGGUAUCAAUCAUAAAAGGCUGAAAAUAGAGGAAACUGCUCAGCAACGAAAAACGUUGGGACUUCUAAUCAAAUUCUCCUCGUUAGCGCCAGAUGAACGGUAAAGGAAUGAGUAUGGAGAAUGUGCAUGUUAAUCUCACGCCAUUUACAAGUGUUCCUGCAACAAGCAAAAGUGAUCUUAUAAAUGGAAAACGCGAAGGUUAUGUCACUUUUAAUAACAACAACACCAAAAAGCUUUAUUUGCGUGACCAUAAAGGAAUUACAGUAUUGCAAAAGCUAUUAGUCUAAAAUUAAGUACUAAUUCAACUAAUUAGUACGUGCAAAACAUUACAAAACGUUACAGUUCUCAUUCAUUCAUUCAUUCAUUCAUUCAUUCAUUAAUUUGGUUCUUAAUUCAAAGCAUUGCGAGAUAGAUGAAACUAAUUGACAGUUAAUUAAAUAAUCAGAAGAAUUCAUAAGAAGAGAUAUUAAAGUAUCGUGUGAAAGUGAUUUGAAGUCAGGUAUUUUAGUUUCUAGUUUGGAGAAAAAUAUGUCUCUGAUCUGAGAAUAAGCCUUACAAUCUAGUAAGAAAUGAUUUUCAUCUUCGAUUUUGUUACUUGUACAAAAGUGACAUAUCCUUUCAUUGCGAGGAAUGUUUUCGUAUCUACCUGUUUCAAUUCUAAGUUGAUGACUACUUAUUCUAAAUCUAACUAAUGCUUUUCUCGAAGGGUUUUUUCUUGUUAAAGCUAGGUACGGCGAGGGGCUAUAGUCGUCUUUGAUUGUACAAUAAAAACUGCGUUUUUGUGAUUGUUGAAGGGUCUGAUUCCAGUAAGAGACGUAUUUAAUAGAUUUGGAGCCAGCAAUGUGACCCUUCGACAACAAGAAAAAGCGUUCUUCUCUAACUAGGCAACUACAGUACCCUAGUCUGAAUCUGGUACCCUUAUAACUGCAAUAGGAAAUCUGCAAGUAGCACGGUAAAUCAUACUAAACUGCUACCGAUGCGACCGAAAACUUGUGAUAGAAUCGUGAAAUCAGCCUGAAGGAUCAAAACAAGGUGAUAUCCUUCGUGUCCUAAGGCAGCUAAAAGACUUUUUUCCAGAAUGAAAUAUACUUACAUCCUCUUACUUGAGACAUCACAAGAGUCCCAGGGACAUUUCCAGGAGAUCUCCAUCAGUUUCCAACUUGACCCAAAAGUCACUUGACAAGAUGAACCAAACAAACAUUGUUUGCCCGGCCUAUUGACGAUUAGUAAUUCCAUCAGGUCGUGUUUCUUUCGCAGGCAAGGUUACGUAAUUCAAGCUAUUUCCAAUCCAGUCUUAAAAUCAGGCUGUUAAAUGUCCCCAAGGUCAAUGACCAAUAAAGAAAAUUCUCCAACUUCAGACCAAGAGCAGUUUGGAACUUCAUGGUCUGUUUAUCCACUGCAUUAAAAAAAGGAACGUACUAUAAGUAGACUAACUCGCGAAGCUGAAUGUGGGAAAAAGUGUGGAGAAGUUGAUCCUAAGUAAUGACAAAUGUUUAAUCAUAAAUUUCGCUUGUUUCUUUGCACACGUCCUUUUUUCCCGUUUUUUUUUACGUGAAUGCAUCCUUUUCUAAAAGUGCUUAUUUUGAGUCAAGAAUUUUAUAAAAGUAAGAAGAAAAAAAAAAAAUUGUGCUGAGCAGCAAAACCCUCCCCGGGUCUAGCCUGCGAGCAAGGUCUCUCACUGCCCCACCCCACCCAACCCUCCCCCCCAAUCCCGGCAGCAAGAGACCUUGCUCGCAGGCUAGACCCCCCCCCUUCCCUUCCCUUUCCCUUCCCUUCCCCUUCCCUUCCCCCCCUCCCCCCCUCCCCCCCCCUCCCCUACCCCCCCCUCCUACCUACUAUCUAUCUAUCCCCCUAUCUAUCUAUCUAUCUAUCUAUCUAUCUAUCUAUCUAUCUAUCUAUCUAUCUAUCUAUCUAUCUACCCUAUCUACCUACCCCCUACCUAUCUACCUACCCCCCCCCUGCCUGCCCCCCCUCCCUGCCCUCCUCCUCCCCUCCCCCGCCCCCGGCCGGUGUACCAACUCCCGCUUCCCAUACCCUUCCCAAGGCCUUUUUUCUUCCCUCUCCUCGCCCCAAGCCCUCCCAGAACCAAGCCGCGAUUUUAUUCUUUUUUUUUCCUUUUUUAUGCUAAUCAGGCGGGAUUCGAACCCGUCACCUCUUUGUUUGCCAGUUAAUUACCAAUUCAAUGCUUAUGGCAAUUGCGCUAUCCCGGCUCGGUUACAAAUUCAAUGGUUUUUUUUUUAUGUUAUUCAUAUGCAAAUCAAAUUCUUGCCCCUGAUUGGCUGUUGAAAAUAAUGACAUCAUGAACCUUCGGCCCAGAGGUCCCUGAGGUCCCACAGGUCCAAGAACCAAAACAAACCAAAGUUUACCAAACAUAAUGGAAACUGUAGCCUUGUCGGCUUUGCGAAAGCUUCUUUUUAAUCAGGAUUCUUGUAUCUUUCUGACCACUAGUACAUUUAAAAAGCACUUUGCGCUUUUUUCACGUUUUUCCGACGGGCAAUUUUGAUUUUAGCUGUAAGUUUUGUAUAAUAUUGAAAUACUUGAAAUGUCCGUCGGUGCGUUUGCUUUCAGUCGGUGAUCACAAUCACAAAAACAGUUUUUGUACGGUUAAAAGUGAUCAACAUCAAUUUACAUUCUCGCUAUAUAUCCCACCAGUGAACGGUAUCAAUCAUAAAAGGCUGAAAAUAGAGGAAACUGCUCAGCAACGAAAAACGUUGGGACUUCUAAUCAAAUUCUCCUCGUUAGCGCCAGAUGAACGGUAAAGGAAUGAGUAUGGAGAAUGUGCAUGUUAAUCUCACGCCAUUUACAAGUGUUCCUGCAACAAGCAAAAGUGAUCUUAUAAAUGGAAAACGCGAAGGUUAUGUCACUUUUAAUAACAACAACACCAAAAGCUUUAUUUGCCUGACCAUAAAGGAAUUACAGUAUUGCAAAAGCUAUUAGUCUAAAAUUAAGUACUAAUUCAACUAAUUAGUACGUGCAAAACAUUACAAAACGUUACAGUUCUCAUUCAUUCAUUCAUUCAUUCAUUCAUUCAUUGAUAUUAAUUUGGUUCUUAAUUCAAAGCAUUGCGAGAUAGAUGAAACUAAUUGACAGUUAAUUAAAUAAUCAGAAGAAUUCAUACGAAGAGAUAUUAAAGUAUCGUGUGAAAGUGAUUUGAAGUCAGGUAUUUUAGUUUCUAGUUUGGAGAAAAAUAUGUCUCUGAUCUGAGAAUAAGCCUUACAAUCUAGUAAGAAAUGAUUUUCAUCUUCGAUUUUGUUACUUGUACAAAAGUGACAUAUCCUUUCAUUGCGAGGAAUGUUUUCGUAUCUACCUGUUUCAAUUCUAAGUUGAUGACUACUUAUUCUAAAUCUAACUAAUGCUUUUCUCGAAGGGUUUUUUCUUGUUAAAGCUAGGUACGGCGAGGGGCUAUAGUCGUCUUUGAUUGUACAAUAAAAACUGCGUUUUUGUGAUUGUUGAAGGGUCUGAUUCCAGUAAGAGAGGUAUUUAAUAGAUUUGGAGCCAGCAAUGUGACCCUUCGACAACAAGAAAAAGCGUUCUUCUCUAACUAGGCAACUACAGUACCCUAGUCUGAAUCUGGUACCCUUAUAACUGCAAUAGGAAAUCUGCAAGUAGCACGGUAAAUCAUACUAAACUGCUACCGAUGCGACCGAAAACUUGUGAUAGAAUCGUGAAAUCCGCCUGAAGGAUCAAAACAAGGUGAUAUCCUUCGUGUCCUAAGGCAGCUAAAAGACUUUUUUCCAGAAUGAAAUAUACUUACAUCCUCUUACUUGAGACAUCACAAGAGUCCCAGGGACAUUUCCAGGAGAUCUCCAUCAGUUUCCAACUUGACCCAAAAGUCACUUGACAAGAUGAACCAAACAAACAUUGUUUGCCCGGCCUAUUGACGAUUAGUAAUUCCAUCAGGUCGUGUUUCUUUCGCAGGCAAGGUUACGUAAUUCAAGCUAUUUCCAAUCCAGUCUUAAAAUCAGGCUGUUAAAUGUCCCCAAGGUCAAUGACCAAUAAAGAAAAUUCUCCAACUUCAGACCAAGAGCAGUUUGGAACUUCAUGGUCUGUUUAUCCACUGCAUUAAAGAAAAGGAACGUACUAUAAGUAGACUAACUCGCGAAGCUGAAUGUGGGAAAAAGUGUGGAGAAGUUGAUCCUAAGUAAUGACAAAUGUUUAAUCAUAAAUUUCGCUUGUUUCUUUGCACACGUCCUUUUUUCCCCGUUUUUUUCUUACGUGAAUGCAUCCUUUUCUAAAAGUGCUUAUUUUGAGUCAAGAAUUUUAUAAAAGUAAGAAGAAAAAAAAUUGUGCUGAGCAGCAAAACCCUCCCCGGGUCUAGCCUGCGAGCAAGGUCUCUCACUGCCCCACCCCACCCAACCCUCCCCCCAAUCCCGGCAGCAAGAGACCUUGCUCGCAGGCUAGACCCCCUCCCUUCCCUUCCCUUCCCUUCCCCUUCCCUUCCCUUCCCCUCCCCCUCCCCCUUCCCUCCCCCCCCCCUCUACCUAUCCCCUCUACCCAUCUACCUAUCUACCUAUCUACCUAUCUAUCUACCUAUCUAUCUAUCUAUCUAUCUACCUAUCUAUCUAUCUAUCUAUCCUAUCUAUCCUACCCCCUCUACCUAUCUCCUACCCCCCCCUCCCCUGCCCCCCCCUCUCCCUGCCCUCCUCCCGGCCCGCCCCCGGGCCGGUGUACCAACUCCCGCUUCCCAUACCCUUCCCAAGGCCUUUUUUCUUCCCUCUCCUCGCCCCAAGCCCUCCCAGAACCAAGCCGCGAUUUUAUUCUUUUUUUCCCUUUUUUAUGCUAAUCAGGCGGGAUUCGAACCCGUCACCUCUUUGUUUGCCAGUUAAUUACCAAUUCAAUGCUUAUGCCAAUUGCGCUAUCCCGGCUCGGUUACAAAUUCAAUGGUUUUUUUGUAUGUUAUUCAUAUGCAAAUCAAAUUCUUGCCCCUGAUUGGCUGUUGAAAAUAAUGACAUCAUGAACCUUCGGCCCAGAGGUCCCUGAGGUCCCACAGGUCCAAGAACCAAAACAAACCAAAGUUUACCAAACAUAAUGGAAACUGUAGCCUUGUCGGCUUUGCGAAAGCUUCUUUUUAAUCAGGAUUCUUGUAUCUUUCUGACCACUAGUACAUUUAAAAAACGCACUUAGCGCUUUGACGUUUUUCCGACGGGCAAUUUUGAUUUUAGCUGUAAGUUUUGUAUAAUAUUGAAAUACUUGAAAUGUCCGUCGGUGCGUUUGCUUUCAGUCGGUGAUCACAAGAAACAGUUUUUGUACGGUUAAAAGUGAUCAACAUCAAUUUACAUUCUCGCUAUAUAUCCCACCAGUGAACGGUAUCAAUCAUAAAAGGCUGAAAAUAGAGGAAACUGCUCAGCAACGAAAAACGUUGGGAUCUUCUUGUAAUCAAAUUCUCCUCGUUAGCGCCAGAUGAACGGUAAAGGAAUGAGUAUGGAGAAUGUGCAUGUUAAUCUCACGCCAUUUACAAGUGUUCCUGCAACAAGCAAAAGUGAUCUUAUAAAUGGAAAACGCGAAGGUUAUGUCACUUUUUUAAUAACAACAACACCAAAAAAGCUUUAUUUGCGUGACCAUAAAGGAAUUACAGUAUUGCAAAAGCUAUUAGUCUAAAAUUAAGUACUAAUUCAACUAAUUAGUACGUGCAAAACAUUACAAAACGUUACAGUUCUCAUUCAUUCAUUCAUUCAUUCAUUGAUUGAUUAAUUUGGCUCUUAAUUCAAAGCAUUGCGAGAUAGAUGAAACUAAUUGACAGUUAAUUAAAUAAUCAGAAGAAUUCAUAAGAAGAGAUAUUAAAGUAUCGUGUGAAAGUGAUUUGAAGUCAGGUAUUUUAGUUUCUAGUUUGGAGAAAAAUAUGUCUCUGAUCUGAGAAUAAGCCUUACAAUCUAGUAAGAAAUGAUUUUCAUCUUCGAUUUUGUUACUUGUACAAAAGUGACAUAUCCUUUCAUUGCGAGGAAUGUUUUCGUAUCUACCUGUUUCAAUUCUAAGUUGAUGACUACUUAUUCUAAAUCUAACUAAUGCUUUUCUCGAAGGGUUUUUUUGUUAAAGCUAGGUACGGCGAGGGGCUAUAGUCGUCUUUGAUUGUACAAUAAAAACUGCGUUUUUGUGAUUGUUGAAGGGUCUGAUUCCAGUAAGAGACGUAUUUAAUAGAUUUGGAGCCAGCAAUGUGACCCUUCGACAACAAGAAAAAGCGUUCUUCUCUAACUAGGCAACUACAGUACCCUAGUCUGAAUCUGGUACCCUUAUAACUGCAAUAGGAAAUCUGCAAGUAGCACGGUAAAUCAUACUAAACUGCUACCGAUGCGACCGAAAACUUGUGAUAGAAUCGUGAAAUCAGCCUGAAGGAUCAAAACAAGGUGAUAUCCUUCGUGUCCUAAGGCAGCUAAAAGACUUUUUUCCAGAAUGAAAUAUACUUACAUCCUCUUACUUGAGACAUCACAAGAGUCCCAGGGACAUUUCCAGGAGAUCUCCAUCAGUUUCCAACUUGACCCAAAAGUCACUUGACAAGAUGAACCAAACAAACAUUGUUUGCCCGGCCUAUUGACGAUUAGUAAUUCCAUCAGGUCGUGUUUCUUUCGCAGGCAAGGUUACGUAAUUCAAGCUAUUUCCAAUCCAGUCUUAAAAUCAGGCUGUUAAAUGUCCCCAAGGUCAAUGACCAAUAAAGAAAAUUCUCCAACUUCAGACGAAGAGCAGUUUGGAACUUCAUGGUCUGUUUAUCCACUGCAUUAAAGAAAAGGAACGUACUAUAAGUAGACUAACUCGCGAAGCUGAAUGUGGGAAAAAGUGUGGAGAAGUUGAUCCUAAGUAAUGACAAAUGUUUAAUCAUAAAUUUCGCUUGUUUCUUCGCACACGUCCUUUUUUCCCCGUUUUUUUCUUACGUGAAUGCAUCCUUUUCUAAAAGUGCUUAUUUUGAGUCAAGAAUUUUAUAAAAGUAAGAAGAAAAUUGUGCUGAGCAGCAAAACCCUCCCCGGGUCUAGCCUGCGAGCAAGGUCUCUCACUGCCCCACCCCACCCAACCCUCCCCCCAAUCCCGGCAGCAAGAGACCUUGCUCGCAGGCUAGACCCCCCCUUUCCCCUUCCCUUCCCUUCCCCCUCCCCCUUCCCCCUUCCCCCGCCCCCCCCCUUCCCCUCCCCUCUAUCUAUCUAUCUAUCUAUCUAUCUAUCUAUCUAUCUAUCUAUCUAUCUAUCUAUCUAUCUACCUAUCUACCUAUCUAUCUAUCUAUCUAUCUAUCUAUCUAUCUAUCUAUCUACCUAUCUACCUAC